AUGAGUACUAUUAAUUACAACAACUUAAAAUGUCCAAAGAUAAGAUUAAUAACGACAAAUAAAAAGAUUCUGAAAAAUAAAGCAUCAAAAGAACGUCUGAGUUCUACUGAUACUAAUAUUAAGACAAGUUCAAAUAAUACUACUAGGAUAGGAGAAACAUCAACAAUGCUUUUACUUGAUGUAGUAAUAUCUCAUUUUACACAUCAAACGACAUUUAAAACGUCUAAGACAAGCUUUAGAGUAUCUCAAGAUUCUAAAGAAUCUGCUGAAG